CUUCUGGGAGGUCCUCUUGGGGCUCCCCUGGGCCGCCUCGGGGCCCUCUCCGGCGGCGGGAAAGAGGAGGCGCGAGGCCCCCGCGCGCCCCUGCCGCGAGGGGGCUCCUACGACGGCGACCGGCGCCGCCUGGAGCUGAGGCUGGCGGGCAGAGGCGCCGAGGGCGUCCUCCGGCGCGAGACCUUCGUGUGGUUCCGCUGGCACGUGAAGCGGCGCCUGGUCCUCACCUGGAAGGUCGUUGGCAAGAGUGUGCUCGUCGAGUUCUCAGGUCUCAGUAUCGGGCCUCUGCCGGAGGCGAACGACUUCUAUAGGAGAGCGGGGCUCGACGACUUCGCGUGCCCCCGCUGGGAGAGGGCCGGCCAGAAGGACUACCAGGCCUGCCACCUGCGCAAGGCCGUGCUUCUGGAGGAGCUGUGGAACUCGAACAGGACGGCGUUCCCGGAGAUCCUGCAGCACUACUUCGGGUGGCUCGGGGACCACGCCGUCCUCAAGGGCCUCGCGCAGCAGCUCGGGCACGGCUUCGGCUGGAGCAUGCUGCUGAUGCUGAGCGCACCGCCCUCGGUGGUGGAAUGUUUGGAGUUCGACGAUGCGGGCGUGGUUGCCCGCACGAGCCUCGACGCCAGGCUCGACCCCGAGGGGGCGAAGCUCGCGGCGCGACACGGCUUCAAGGAUCUCAGCUUGGAGAUCGCGAGGCCGCUGCUAGGCGACAGCCCGUUCGGCGGCCUCAUCCGGACCGUCGGAGACCGCUGGGUCCCUUUCGCCACGCACAUGGGCCUCAUGGCGUCGGCCGGCGAGCCCCGCUGGCGCGGCCGCGGGAUCCGAGGCGCCGACCCAGCCAUCAUCGCCCGGCUGGUCGCGCUGGAGGUGCCCGGAGUGGCGCGGCCGCUGAGAGGCGUCUUCCAGCGGGGCUACAUGUCGUGGAGGAAGCGCAGGCCGCGGCUCGCGCGGGGGCAGCUGCCCGACAGGGGCGCCCUGCUGGCCGUGGGCGGCGGCGACCGCGGGCCGCGGGCCGCGCAGCCGCACCUCCCGGGCAGG